AAAUACUCUGGGACGGAGGUAAUAUAUUCUUUGGUGUACCUUGGAUUUAAAAACCCCAAAAUUUCAGAUGAGUAUUGUCUACAAAAACACAACCCAGGGCAAGUCUCUCCCGUGCGAGCAAGAACGGCGGCUAAAUUAUGGCCGCUCUGAGAAGGCUUCAGAACGUAACAACUCAUUUCUCAGAACCCUCCGCCUUUCUCUUUCUUUCUCGGAGAGGCAUCGCUUCCAAGCUCUUCGUCGGAGGCCUUUCAUUUUUCACCACAGAUAAGGUAUUGACGGAGGCAUUUUCUCAGUAUGGACAAGUCAUUGAAGCUAAAGUUGUCACUGAUAGAGUCUCAGAAAAAUCAAAGGGUUUUGGGUUUGUCACGUAUGCAUCGCAUGAUGAGGCAGAGACGGCCCUUACAGAAAUGAAUGGGAAGCCUUUACAGGGGCGCGUUAUCUUUGUUGACCAUGCGAGACCCAAGACGUUUGGUGAGAAUGACAUGCCGAUCGCCAGGGGACCUCCAACAAAGAAGAGCGACAAUGAAGAGGUUGCAAAGGAAGAAGAAAUUGAAAAGCCCAGAUAGGCACUACCUUGACUUAUUUUUUUCUUCAUAUGCUGCUAUAGUACUAAAGCUUUUUCCAGUCUCUUUUUCUUAUGUGUGUCCAAAAACAGAGAGCUGCCCGAAACUCGCCAACAUUGGGCAGGUCUGGUGUACCUUCCCAUGCGCUUGGCGGGCAUGGGGUCCGGUAUAUGUAGUCCGAUGGACAUGGUUAAUCAAUAUAGGAGAAGAAAAAUUCAUUGGAACAUUCUAUUAGUUGAAUUAAACUCUCACUAUCUAA